AUAAAAACGCUUUCAAGAAGCUCAACUUCCACUCAAUGCUAGUUAAAAUCAAAGAGUUGUUUAAAAUGUGGAAAUGGAGAGGACUUACUCUAAACGGUAAAAUUCAAAUCAUCAAGACGUUCGUUAUCCCAAAAUUGCUUUUUUGUUCCUCUGUAGUAUCGAUUGACGGAAGCUUUAUCAAUGAAUUAAAUCAACUCCUAUAUGGUUUUAUUUGGAAUGGCAAAGACAAAAUAAAAKGAAAGUCACUUAUAAAUUCCUUUGAAAAUGGCGGUCUGAAGAUGCCUGAUGUUGAAUCAGCAGUCCUAGCCCAACGAAUAAUGUGUAUCAAGAAAUAUAUAGAAACAUCCGCUGCCACAUGGAAAACCUUUUUAGACUAUUAUCUGAAUAAUGUAGGUGGUAAAGUUCUCUUCAGUUGUAACUACAAURAUAAAAAGCUCGAUCUAAAUCUCCCACUUUUUUAUAGCGAAUGCAUAAAAGCCUGGUCUUUACUAAAACCUGCGCAUGAGCCUCACUCAGUCAGCCAAAUACUUGACGAAUCAAUUUGGAACAACCAKUAUAUUUGCAUUAAUAAACAAUCAGUUUUCGAUAAAAACGUGUCCGCCAAAGGUAUCAACAAAAUCAGUGAUCUUUACGACCAAAACGGAUUGUUAAAAGUGCGAGUACUAAAUACAUUAUCUCCAAGAGAAAGACUUCUAAUAAAUGGUGUUUUGCAUUCGAUCCCUCCGCUGUGGCUUUCAAUACUAAAAUCGAAUAAAAAAAAUAUUGAACGUCAAAAACCUAACACUGGAGAUAACAUCGUUACAAUUUUUUUAAAUGAUAAACGCUCUCCCUUACAAAAGAUUUCUUCUAAACAAGUAUACUGGAAUCUCGUUGAACAGAAAGUUACUGACCCCACUGCGAAAUCUUUCUAUCAAAGCAAAUUUCAAAAAGAAAUUCAAUGGUCCACUUUUUAUACUCUUCCAGCCAAAUGUUGUUUGGAUAGUAAAACUCGCGANAGUAUUAAGAAAACUGCUAAGAAAACUCAUUAA